CUAAGGAGACUUGAGAGGAAGCGCUCACACGUGGAGGGAACAAACGGAGCUCCGACUUUUGAGGAGAAACGACAACUUUGUCCGUUUCUCGGUUGUUGUGAGACUAUUGUGAGGGUCAAUGUUACCAAAUGACCCCAUUAUGUGAUCCCACCAACGCUUUUGCGCGGCUGUGACCAAGAGGGAGAAGGAAAAGGAAGGAGGGUCAUGGAGGAACCUUGGAGGAGGACGCAGGCGGUCAGAUGGGAACUACUGAGAAACUCGUUGCUGUUUUGUUUUUUCUCUGGUGUCAGCGAGGCCAGGUGUCAUGGCUGCCUGGAGUACUGUUGUGAAGGCUCGCCGCCAUUCUGCUGCUCCUACUACGCCUACGUUGGAGACGUCCUUUCGGGCACCGCCAUCUCUGGGAUCGUGUUCGGUGUGGUGUUCCUGAUGGGCGCCAUAGCUGCCUUGUUCCUGUGCGUGUGCAUGUGUGUGAAGAACGGACACGGUGCCCGGGUGGGCGUGUUCAGCACCUCUUACAUCAACACUGUGACGCAGGGAUGCCCAGGUCCUCCACCGCCAUACACCUACGACUGCGAGAUGCUCCCUCCUCCGCCUUACACACCGACUCAGUCCGGGCCGGCCAACUCCUCUCCCCCUCCGCCUUACCCAGGAUGCACGAGCAAGUAAUUUUGCACGGCUCAUCCACUGGUCGGCUGAAAUGAAACAUUCCUGUGCUGACUUUGCAGGCCGGAAAAGAACCUCAGGUGCUUAGAGCAGGUGCAAUAAUGCUUGAGCAAGCAGGUCAUCAGAGCAAAAUCAAACAGCGUUAAGCUGCUUGAUAUAUUAAAAAAGCACAGUGUUGAGGGAUGAAUAAUAAUUUAAGUCAAUGUAGGAGGAGGACAUUGAGGCACUGCUAGCCUGCAGCCAUUUAACCAAAACGCUUGAUCAUUCUCUGGCUGUGCACUUCAAAGGUACUGAUGGGCCUUUUUUGAAGGUGCAGAUUACUUUCCUUUUUUGUGCCAUGCAGAAAGUCUUUCCAUUACAUGGUUUUAACUUGUUCUGCAUUCAUUUACAGCAUGCAGGAUGGGGAAUAAUUUUACUUGAAAUGUGAACUGGGCUUCCACUCUGAACAUUUGUGAAAUAUUUAUGAUGUGCUGUUUUAAUGUGUUGGAUGUAUGGUGGACAUACUUGCCAACCCUCCCGAAUUUUCCCGGAGACUCCCGAAUUUCAGUGCCUCUCCCGAAAAUCUCCCGGGACAACCAUUCUCUCGAAAAUCUCCCGACUUCCAGCCGGACAACUAUAUUGGGGGCGUGCCUUAAAGGCACUGCCUUUAGCGUCGUCUCUCACCUGAAAAGGAGACUAUUAUAUAUGUCUCGUUAUCCAUAGGUUUAUCUAUAACCCAUAAAGUAGGCAGGCACGGAGAUAUUUCUCAGCGUGUGUUUAUUCCAGCCGGCUCGUUAGUACACUGACACACAACAUCCGGAUUCCCAUCAUGCAUUGCUUCAAAACUACGGCAGGUUGUAAUAUCCAAAAUUUCCUGUCGGACAAACAAUAUUGGGGGCGUGCCUUAAAGGCACUACCUUUAGUUUCCUCUCACCUGAAAAGGAGACUAUUAUAUAUGUCUCCGUUAUCCAUAGGUUUAUCUAUAACCCAUAACACGGUGGCCGAAUGGAUAUAGUCACUCAUGAACGGUCAGAGGAUCACAAGGCGGCGGGAACGCAGUAUUAUGGGCCACCUUGCAAGCAACAUUCCGUUCUCAUUUGCGGAUGUUUUCAACAAAUCCGUGAAGGGUAUGUUCCCGGAUUCAGAGAUCGCUCGCCAGUACUCAAAUGGCAGAAAAAAAGCUACUCAAAUAGUGAAAGUUAAGUGUUAUUUUUUUUUUAAGUAAGCAGCAAGUACAGUUAGUAG